AUGAUAGCUUUGAUUCCUGUCUUUCUGCUGACUGAUUUGGUGCUGUACAAGCCGAUGAUUGUGCUUGAAUCGGUCUCCUACAUUGCGGUCUGGUCACUUCUCGUAUUUGGCAGUACUGUUUUCGCGCAACAGAUGGUUGAACUUUUCUAUGGUUGGGCCACGGCAACCGAAAUAGCAUAUUUUGCUUAUAUCUAUGUGAAAGUGUCAAAGAAACACUUUAGAAAGGUAACUUCGCUGACUCGUGGUGCUCUUCUGUUUGGAUCUUUCCUGUCGUAUGCGAUUUCUCAGCUCAUUAUUGUCUUGAAAUGGGGACGUACCAAACACUGA